UGAGCGCUGUUCUGCGCGCAUGGAAUGAGCGAAGGAGACGCGUGCGCCAUGUUCGUUUGAGGUGGGAUUCACUGGCGUCCUGUUGGAGUAAAAGUUGUGUUUUGGAUUCUUCGCCUUCAGCUGAUUUCUCCUGACAGGUUGCUUGGAGCUUUGUCCUCCAUCAUGUUACCUGACAGAGGCGGACUCCAGCGGAGCUGAGCUCCCAGACCUCCGCACGGACGGAGACACCUCCCACGGAACUAAUUAGCAUUAGUUAGCCACUGCUUUAGUCCAACGCCGGCUGCUGUCGGGGGAUAUUUUUUUUAGACAAAAAAGGCUUUUCCAUGCUUCUCUGUCGUCUUUGUGCUUCAUAUCUACGAAAAGUACGUUAACGAGGGCUGGAGGAGGACAUCAGAAGAUGAAUGAAGUGAAGAUGGAAACAGCGCAAACGGCAGAGGGCAGUCAGCAGCUUCCUGCUAACGAAGACGAGACUCCUCCAGACACCACCAGUCUCACUGCAUCAAGGCAAAGAAGAAUUAAGAAAAAAAGCUGUCAUCGCUGUUCAAUAUGCGGCCGCGAGUUCGAUCGUCCGUCCCGGCUGUCGGAUCACAUGAGCGCACAUGCCGGCUACAAACCGCACAGCUGCUCCAUAUGUGGCAAACGUUUCACCAAGAAGGUGAAUGUGGUGGUCCACCAGCGGGUGCACACCGGAGAGAAGCCGUACUCCUGCCCCGACUGCGGCGUCAGCUACACCCAGCUGGGCUGCCUGCGGAGGCACCAACUGCAACAUGCCGCCGAGAAACCCCACCGCUGCUCGCACUGCGGCCGAGGAUUCGUCCAGCGGCGGUAUCUCAUCCAGCAUGAGCGGACACACACCGGAGAGCGGCCCUUCUCCUGCCCGCUGUGCCCCAAACGCUUCGCCUCCAAGUCGGGGCUCGGCGACCACCAAAAGACCCACACGGACCAGAACCUAUACCCCUGUUCGAUCUGCGAGAAGGUUUUCUCCACGCCGUCAUCUUUCAGGGAUCAUGUGAGGCUGCACACGGGUCAGAAGCCACACGCUUGCACGCUGUGUGGCAAGAGCUUUAACCGGCCGGGCCUCCUGAACAAACACUUGCAGAAACACAGCGAGCAGGACCACAUGGUCGAAGCUGACAAGACACCGCAGCUGUCCACCUGCGACAUCUGCGGCCGUGUGUUCACCAGAUCGUCGCGGCUGAAGGAGCACAUGAGAUCUCACACUGGGGAGAGGCCGUAUCAGUGCGACGUCUGCGAGAUGCAAUUCUCUACACUGAGAGAGUUGAAGGAGCACCAGGAGACCCACAGCGAGCAAGGAGAUGACAACGUCACCAUGACUACACCGAGCGACCAGAAACCAGACGAGCUGCUCAACAGUCUGAGGGAGGAGGCAGAUGGAAACGAGGAGGAAGCAGAGAUGGUGGUGCAUUCACUGACCGACGACAGUCCGAAGAAGCUCCACAGCUGCUCCGUCUGCGGUAAAAGCUACCCGAUGCCCUCCAGGCUCAGAGAGCACUUCAAGAUGCACAUGAGGGAGAAGCUCCACCACUGCUCGGUGUGCCGAAAGGUCUUCAGCACCUCCUCCAGCCUGAGGGCCCACGAGGAGACGCACAGGACUAACAAGCCUCAUUCCUGCAGCGUCUGUCCCAGGAGCUUCCAGACACCUUCCCUGCUCCGCAGCCACAUGAAGAUCCACAUCCAGGACGGACUCAUCGCAGAUCCUGCUGCCAAGGACUCAUCGUCAAACUUGAAGACUGAGAAAGAAGCGAAAGAAUCAAUGGAGGAGGAGGAAGGUGUGAUUCAGCAGGUGAAGGUGGAGGAGGAGGAGGAAGUUUUGGAUGAGCAGGACUCAGAAGACCUUUCUACCACUGAAUCCACACCGGUGCCUGGUAACCACGGCAACCAGCUGUUGGAGGGCCAGAUCAGCGGGUUGAUAAACUCCGAUGGAGAAGGAGAGGACUUCAAGCCAACAUUCAUUGACCCAGAUGGACGCUCAGACCAGCAGACCGAUGACAGCAGUGCCGAAGGUAAAAAUAAGCACUGCUGCCAGUUAUGCGGCCGCAACUGCUUAAAGGCGUCUGCGCUGAAGACACACCUGCGGGUUCACUCUGGCGAGCGUCCGUUCCAGUGUCCGGUCUGCAAGAAAAGCUUCGUGCAACAGGCGCACAUGAUGGAGCACCAGAGGAUCCACACCGGGGAGCGUCCCUACACCUGCGACGAGUGCGGCAAGAGCUUCACCUUCUCCAGCGCGCUGCGCCGCCACAAGCUGCUGCACACUGACGCCCGGCCGUACCAGUGCACCGUCUGCCAGAAGACCUUCAAGCAGCAGAGCUCACUCAAGAGCCACCAGCUGACGCACUCAGGCGUCCGCUACCAGUGUCCGCUGUGCAACAAGAGCUUCAGCCGCGCCCUCGAGCUCACCUACCACGUCGACGUGCACUCCGAGGCCCAGCCGUACUUCUGCAACAUCUGCAAGAAGAACCUGAGCGGCGCCCGCCUGUUCCGCAAACACAUGAAGAAGCACGAGUCUCCGAACUCGAAGCUGUCGCUGAAGAAGCUGCCACAAGCAGAACCAGGAGAGACCAAGACUGUCUCAGAGGUCUGACUAGAAAAAAGACACAGAGGGAAUCACUGAAGAGGCCUUUGACUUCUCAGCAGCCAAUCACGUGCAGUACAAGUCACUUAGUAACCAGAGCAGCCAGUCAGAGUUUCAGGCUGACGAAGGACACUGAGCUUCAUCGUGCUUCAGAUAUUGACACUUCUGUCCAAUCAGAGGAAACUGGACGCCUUCAAAGAGCAUUUUGGUUUUGAGAUGUUUGUGUGUCAUGAGCAGAAAUGGAGUCUGGACAUUGUUAGCCUAGCUUAGCAUCAUAGCUGCAACUGAUAAUCAAUUAGUGUCAACUAAUAACAGCCAACUGAGUUUUGAUUAACUGGUUUGAGUAUUUUUUUCAAGAAAAACAUCAAAUUCUCCAGUUCCAUAUUAGACUUUUAAAGAUGUCAUCAUAAACUCUGGGAAAUGCCGAUCAGUAUUUUCAGCUUUUUCUGACAUUUAGAGACCAAAAAACUGAUUGAUUGAUCCAGCAACUAAUUCACAGAUUAAUCAAAAGUGAAAAAAAGAUCAUUUCAAUGAAGUGUUUUCUCUCUAAAAUUCUUAUAUUUAAGUUUAGUUAGAUUUUUCUCAGCACAAAUCUGAUUUUCUGUUGGCUAAACGAGGCUAACAAUGUCCCACAACCACAAGAAUAGUCUAAUCUACUGUCUCACACAAAGAGAAAAGAGGCUGUUUGGAACACUCGCAUAUCUGUAUGUUCAUGUAAACAGCUGCUGUUUCCCUGAAUCUCUGCUCUGCAGAUGGACGGAGCCAAAUUGGCUAAAAAACAAAACAAAACAGAAUUGUCAUUUAACCAAAGUGUUGUAGCUGCCUAAACCAAACAGGAGGCUAAAUGUGGAGCCAGUUUAUUUCUAGGAUACGGAAUGAACAAACACACACCGACAGUUUUUUACAUGAACAUAUCGCCAUGCUAGUGUGUUCUAAAGUGUGAACUCAAGCUUUAAGUUGGAUAUUUAGUGCAUAUGAGAGUAGAAGGCGAAGCACGGAUCGGUGCCUUCUUUAAACUCUGUUAUGUUGGUUACUAACUGAUGAGCUGCUGCAGAGAGUCGAUGAAAUCAAUGUGGUCAAAUUCAACUAUUUAAAGAAGGAAUGUUCUGUCAGUGACUGUGAAUCAACGCUAAAUAAACGUCUUCAAUCCAGA